AUGAUGAGUUCCUUAUUAUUGAUUGAACCACAGCGAUCUAUGAUAGCCUGUCAUACUCUACCAACCACAGACCCAACCAAUGAUGCCUCUUUGGAUCUACCCACAAAUCUACGCGCAUUGCAACCAAAGAGUGUCAACAAAGUUUCCACGGCCCCCAGUCUCCCACAACAAACCAAACACAACCUUAGUAAUUCCACGGUAGCAAUAUUGGACACUUUCUGCGAACUGGAAAUGAGUCGAAUCUUCCAACGAAACGAGUGCUUACGCAGUCACGGUGGAGGAUGUUCCGUGGCGGCACCCUUGCAUGUACACGCUGUUUACGACGGGCAAGGAUUUGGACGCAUUCUGCAUCACUCUAUCGACACGUGCAUCUUUGCCGCCGUCCUCGAACGUCCCUGUAUGAUUGAUUUGGAUGUCCGUGACAAAUACUACACAUGGCGGUCCUUUCUCAAUGUCGGAGAGUACAAUUGGGAUCCCACGCAUUAUGUGUUGCAUGGUACCACCAUGGAGCAUGAUCUAGCCGAUGCCUACUCCCGUCUCCCUUCUCAAUCCUCCAGUGAAUGGACCGACGACGACAACAACAAGUUGCCCGACUAUGAAACGGUACUGCCCAUGAUUUGGCAUUCCAAGUGGCGGAGCAACAAUCCAGCCGCACAACAUUUGCAAUACUGGCACGGCAGCAACAAUCAAACCAGACACAAGAUGCUCCUAUCGCCCUCGUUUGGUAAUGCUUGGUGGCAGCAUAUUUCGAGCUACCAGAAAAGCAUCGUGAAGAACGGCUGCACCGUGAACAACCUCCGGACGCGAUUGCAGAAUGCCAUGUUUCAGCCAACCACAUUGGCUAUGGAACUGUUUCGAGAACGGCGAGAUCGGUUCUUCCGCCAACUACUAAAGUCCAAGCAAACACAAACACAAACACAAACACAAACACACCACUUUUAUGGAGCCAUUCACUUGCGAUCUACCAAGAGUGACCUGAAAAAGACAUACUACGACAACGAGGACACGGUAGAUAUCUUGCGACAGUGUUUGCAACGCAUUGCCCCCGACAUUACAACCUGGUGGCUGGUCAGUGACAACCGCACGGCCGCCGAGUAUGUCGAACAACGAAUCGACCGGGUUCAUACCGACUAUCAUGCAUCGCAACGGCGAUUUGAUACUAACAAGGGCAACAUCAAUUUUCACAGUGGCUAUCAAAUGAAGCAAAAGUUUGGACACGAAAACAUGGCUCCCAGUAUAGAAGAUUUCAUGAUUUUGCACGAAAGCACCGUGGCGGUCAUGACACACGGGGCAUUUGGAGACACGGGUGCCAGAGGCAAUGGAAAGAUUCGGAUCCAAGGCUGUGGUGGUGGUAAAGGUGGUGAUGUCUUUAAAGUAUACCGUAAACCGUAUCCAACAACUGAAGUGAAGUGA